AUGUGGGUGCAUGGUGGGACGCGACCAGUCCCUUCUUUGACGGCAGCAAUAACGGCAGCUUCCAUUCGUUCCCAGGCCCCACUCAAGCACGUGGUCAGCCCCCCAACACUCGGCUUCUAUUCGUUCCCCCCCACCACUCCACAGAAAGCGUACGCCGCCGCCGCGCUGUGCGGAGUGCGGACCAUCCCAGCGCGAUCUGCAUUUGCCACCGAAUCGGAGGCGCGAGACGUGUGGAUCCCACCGCCGGCGCCGACCAUGUCGAACCGGCCGCGCCCGUCUUGGCUGAAGAAGUGCUCCCGUCGAUCCAAAUGCGUUCCCCACAGCCGGCCGGUUCGGCAGCGGGGUCGGAGGUACGAAAACCGCCCGUCCUGCGAGCUGGAGCGCUUCAUCGGAGAGUGUUUCCGCUCGGGAGACCUUGACCCCGAGGACGCACUCGAUCUGUUCGACGAGCUGCUUCCCCAAGCGAGGCAAGGCUCCGUUUAUGCCCUCACCCGGCUCCUCACCACUGUCGCUCGCGCCCCAGUCUCCUCCGCCGUGCCCAACGGCCCUGCCCUCGCCGUGUCCAUGUUCAACCGCAUGGCCCGAGCGGGCUCCAAGAAGGUUGCUCCGACCACAGUUACCUACACCAUCCUCAUCAGCUGCUGCUGCUAUGUAGGCUGCUUGAACCUCGCCUUUGCCGCAUUGGGCCAAAUCAUUAAGACGGGACUGAGGGCAAAUGCCAUCAGUUUCACGCCUAUACUUAGGACCCUCUGUGCUGAGAAGAGGACGAGUGAUGCAAUGAAUAUUGUGAUCAGAUGGACGCCUAAGCUUGGCUGCACCCCGGAUGUCUUCUCCUACACCGUACUUCUCAAAGGGCUAUGUGACGAGAAGAAAUGUGAAGAGGCUGUUGACCUGAUCCACAUGAUGGCUGAGGAUGGAGAUCACUGCCCACCUAAUGUGGUGUCUUAUACCACCGUAAUCCAUGGCUUCUUUAAAGAGGAUGAGGUGGGGAAAGCUUACACCCUGUUUUGUGAAAUGCUUGAUCGUGGGAUCCCGCCGGAUGUUGUGACUUGCAACUCAAUCAUUGAUGGCCUAUGCAAGGUUCAAGCAAUGGACAAGGCUGAGGAGGUCCUUCGACAGAUGUUUGACAAACAUAUUAUGCCUGACUGCACUACAUAUAACAGUCUGGUCCAUGGAUACCUCUCUUCGGGACAACUGAAAGAGGCGGUCAGAAUUCUCAAACAAAUGUCAAGACAUGGGCAACCACCAAAUGGUGUUACUUACAGCAUGCUGAUAGACUGUCUUUGCAAAUUUGGAGGGCACACAGAAGCUAGAGAAAUUUUGAAUUCUAUGAUUCAGAGCCGUGGAAACCCCAAUGUUGCCACCUACGGAGGUCUGCUUCAUGGGUACGCUACCAAAGGAGAUCUUGUUGAAAUGAAUAAUCUCAUAGAUUUGAUGGUACAGAACGGAGUGCGACCUGAUCAUCAUAUCUUCAACAUACAGAUUUAUGCAUACGUCAAAUGUGGAAGGUUAGAUGAGGCAAUGCUUACUUUUAACAAAAUGCGGCAGCAAGGAUUGAUGCCAGACAUAAUCAGCUAUGGGACGAUGAUAGAUGGGCUUUGCAAGAUAGGCCGGCUGGACGCUGCAAUGUCCCAAUUCUGUCAGAUGAUUGAUGAUGGAUUGUCUCCAGAUAUUGUAGUAUUUACUAAUCUAAUACAUGGUUUUUCUAUGUACGGCAAAUGGGAGAAGGCUGAGGAACUAUUUUAUGAGAUGAUGGAUAGAGGCAUUCGUCCUACUGUCGUUGUCUUCACUACAAUGAUAGACAAGCUAUUCAAAGAAGGAAAGGUUACCGAGGCCAAAACACUCUUUGAUUUGAUGCCAAUUGCUAGUGUAAAACCUAAUGUGGUUUCCUACAAUGCAAUCAUUCAUGGAUAUUUCUUGGCUGGUAAACUGGAUGAAGUGCUGAAGCUCCUUGAUGAUAUGCUCUCAGUUGGCUUGAAACCCAAUGCUGUUACUUUUAAUACUUUACUUGAUGACAUGCUUUCUAUGGGCUUGAAACCCGAUGUUGCUACCUGUAACACUUUGAUUGAUAGCUGCUGUGAAGACGGUAGGAUAGAAGAUGUAUUGACUCUUUUCAGAGAAAUGUUGAGCAAGGCAGCUAAGACUGACACUGUCACGGAAAAUAUAAUUUCCUGA